UCCAUAUCGGGCAAGAACUAAAUGGAGGUUCGUGGUGGUGUAAAACUGUCAAAAAUGUGUGAACUACAAACACGUUGGUGAACAAAACACUCGGAUCCCACUCAGUGCAGUUACGACAGGUGACAACUUCUGAAGUUCUGUUCGCUAUGUAAGCGAGGCCAGUGGUUAUCCCAAAAACGACCGUCUCUUAACUACAUCGACACUGGACGUUGUCGACGGCAGGUGAUUGUGCUGCAGUGGAAGCGGUUUGGCAGUGUUGCGAGACUCGUCGACACCAUGAUCGACUGGGUAUCGAUAGUGCGGCACUCGCGCCGGCGCUUCUCCAACUACAUGUACGCCGUGCCCAGCAAGGUGCGGAAGAGGCGCCGGAUGCGGAGGUCCGGCCCACAGGAAGGUUCUCCGGGAGCCUCCGCCUUCUCCUGCGGCUGCUGCUGGCCACAGAAAAAGACGCGUUACGGAGCGGAGGACCAGCUGCCGCCCCCGCCGUCGCCCCCGCAGCUCAAGGAGCUGUCCUCCCUGGACGGCGUGCCGCGGCCCACCCCCACCGACCGCCUCCACAGCGGCGACGGCGUCGUUCUUCGUGACGCCGCCCUGCACCAGGUCAGUACCACCUCUCCCUGCUCGCGCUAA